AUACACUUCGUACACAUUUAAUUAGCAAUUAUUACUUGCUUGACAACUAUUACUCGCUGCUCAUAAAAUUCGUAUAUAAUAUUUGAAGAUUAUAAUUAUCAGCUUUAUCAUGCAUAUAUUUUUAUAUUUGUAUCUGUGCAUUCAAUGUCAGAUGCGAUAUAUUUAGGUUUAUUUUUAGUUGCUAAUUCAAAGGUGAAACUUUUUUGAGAGUUGUAAAAUUGACGUAAAAGUUAUGUGGGUGUUAUGUAACCUUUGAAUUUUUAUAAAAUUUUGAUGAUACGAAUAAUUUAUCUUAAAGGGUGCUUACGGAAAGGGCGGUGAGAUAUUUAUUGACACUAAUAAUGCAGAAUGAAUAUCUCGAAUCUUUUUUCGUAUAUUUUUAACGAUUUUUUCUUAUCAACAGACAUAUAUUUAUCGGUUUAUCUUUGGACAGAUAUGAAUUAUAAGAUACCAGCAAUUUAUCAUUUUAUAUAAAUGGAUCUUAAUCUUUGAAUAAUUUAAUGACAGAUUAUUUUCUGAAUGUUAUAUUUCUUCAAGUGUGGGACCCGGAAGUGAAGUUCUAAAGAUGUUAAGAUCACCUUUGUUAAACUAUAUAUUGUUUCAAACUUUUUAACAAAAUUUAAACGUAAGAAUUAUGCAACUAACAGUUAUACGAAAUUUGCACAAGACUAAUGAAUGUUACGGCUAACAACUAUUUUUAUCGCAAACAUGUUCAGCAACGUAAAUUUAUGUGGUCAGUGAGCUGUAGCUAAUGUUACCGUUUCGGUCUCGCUGUAAAACGUUCAUGUAUGAAAACUGAAAGUUCAAGGACGAAGGACAAUCGAAGGUAGAAGACAGCUGUGAAUUAGAACGACCGAACAUUUUUGGAACGAUGAAAACGAUUUGGGUAGUCGGUGGACCUGGAUGCGGCAAAGGUACGCAGUGCGAGCGGAUCAUUGCCAAAUAUGGAUUUUAUCACAUAAGCAGCGGCGAUCUACUGCGAGAGGAGGUUGCCAGUGGCAGCCCUAGGGGCUCUUCUCUUCAAGAACUUAUGUCCAAAGGUUUAUUCGUCCCAACGGAUAUAGUACUGGACCUGAUAAGGGAACGGAUGGAAAAGGCGAAAAAUGAAGGAGCCACGAAAACUGGAUACCUUAUCGACGGCUAUCCUCGUGAAUUAGAUCAGGGAAAACUUUUUGAGAAAAAUGUGUGUCCUGUUGAUAUGAUCAUCUUCUUUGAUGUGGCGGAUGAGACGCUGAUGAAGAGGCUGUUAGGACGUGCGGCGGUGUCGCAGAGAGCGGACGAUAAUGAAGAAACGAUCAAAAAGAGGAUUGAAAUAUUUAACGAGAAGAAUGGGGCAAUUGUUGAACAUUACAAGGACAAAGUUGUUAGGAUCGUCGCCGAAGGAUCAGUGGACGAAAUAUUUGCUGAAGUUUCCAAAGCACUCGAUGGUUUACUAGCUUAGAAUUCUAGGUUAAAGAAAUUAAGAACCUUUGUUAAAAUCGCCUAAUUACACGGAAGUCUUUCAGUGGUUUUACUAUUGACACGCGAUUUGCUUUACAACUGCUACUUUUAUGAGAUUUGUUUGGCACUUACACGUUAAUUGACACCAUUAUGACAAAUUAGAAUAUGUAUUGUAAAUUCAAAGUACCUGUCGACGCAAAGCAAUAUAUUAGAGAUGUAAUUUAUUUACAAAAACAAUUAGAAAAUAUCUGUUAACGACAGAUUGCCGUUAUUGUUUUAAGUGGAAAUUAAAAUGUAUAUAUUUUGUGAA